AUGACUGAUCCGUGUGGUGCCCCGCCUCUCCCAUGGCGUCCUGUCCACCAACAACCGUCAAAUUCCUUUAACAUUUAUGAAGACGAGGAGGAUGAAAUAUACACGUAUUUGCCAGAGGAAGAGAUUUUUCACAAAUUCUUAAAGAUAAAUGAAAAGACAGAGGAGGAUGGAACAGAGUCUGGGAUUUAUGCUUCAGAGGAUUUCUGCAAAUCACAAUCGGUUGACGAUAAAGAUCUAAACGAAAUAAUACGAUGUAUCAAUACAGCAGAUUCAGGAAUUGCUUCAAAAAUGAUUACACACGUGCACAUGCGCAUCAUCCCUACUGCUGUCUCACAGUCAGAUCUGGAAACGUUAGCGUUACUGAUGGACUGCGAUCACAAAGCCAUAGAAAGAAGAGUAGCGAGAGUGAUGACAGAAGUGUUGUUUGAAACGGAUAUAAGAAGUCACAAUUAUGUCAAACUAUUGUCAUGUUUAAAUGCACUGUUUUCUGUCCUUCAGAAACGUUCGAUGUCACCUGAGUCGAUGAUAGGUAUACAACCAAUUGUGAUUCUCGUCUUACUAGUCUUGUAUCAUCAGUCACUGAAUCAUCCAGACAGGACGAACAUAGCAGACACGACAAUAGAGAGGCUUCCGAACUAUAUAGACAUAGUGGAGAAAAUUAGCGCAAUUGAUUCAGAGCCGUACUUGUCGGGCCUUCGGCAGUCUGUACAGAUGAUAUUAAAAAGUUUUCAAGAGGUUUUGAUGAAAAAGAAAACGAGUCGCCUUCAGGUGGGUAAUAUCAAUGAAGAACUACGCGAUGACAGACACCGGGAACGUUUAUCUAGAGACUUCGGGAAAAUGUCUAUGCUGGAACACUACUCGCUGAUUUUCGGGGUCAUAGUUCAGAUAAGUACGUUCCCCGUCACUAUGGAAGCGCUAGCCUUUGUACGCGAAUGCCUAGCUUCUGUCCUAAAUUACUACAACAAGAAGUCGAGGACAGAGAAACAUGUUUAUGCUCUUCUCCUCUUUACGACAAGGGCGAUAAUCAAUACUCUGGAGAAACGACACUCCAAACAUUCGACAAGAUGUUCUCCACAAUUGUGUGAAAUUCUCCAAAUGAUUACAACCAGCCCGAAGAUAAAAAAAGAAGUCCGACGCAUCUUACAAGAAGAGGUGUCCAUUCUUCUAUUCCACGAAAAAGGAACAGUUGUUCAGAAGGUGUCUGCAAUGUUGGAGAAAAGAAGUUCAGUGGUGACCGAGGCACUAUUUAGAUACUUGACGAGAACUAUGGAAUCUUUGAGUUUUUCGUCUCAUUCAAAAGCGUUUGAGAACAGCUAUUUAAGUUGGCAAGGUAUACAUGGCACUAUUGUAGGGCAUAUCCACGUCACAACAGAAAUUUUUCUGCCUUCACUGGAUUCUUUGAUCAAUGGAUCAUUUGAUAUAGACACCUACCGUCAAAGUGCGGCGAAAGUAUCACAAACUGCCGAACACUACAACACCCUGAAAGUGUUGAGAAAACUAUCAGCUCGUGAACCAAACAAUCAUAUCAAACGUCUGUUUGCAUUUCAAACAGAACCAAUACCAUUGUUUUACAUGACAGAAACACUACCCGAGACUACUCUUAGUUCUCACCUUAUUUCACACAGAAAAGACAGAAAUUGGAUCUCAGACAAAACACUUGGACUGAUGAGUUUAGGGGCUGUGAAAGCAUUACGAUUUCUCCACGACGUUGGCAUGAUUCAUCGAAACAUCAUAGCCGACAGUUUCAGAUGUCGCGGUCAAACUGUAGUUCUAUCUGAUUUCAAGAUUGUUAAGAAUAUUUCGAUGGAAUCCGAAGGAUCGGAGCAACAUGCAAUACAAGUGAUGGCCGAAAUUCCCAUCCGUUGGUCUCCAUAUGAAUCUCUGUGCGAGGACGAGUUCAGUCGUGCCUCAGAUGUGUGGAUGUUUGGACAGUUGUUGUUUGAGAUUUUUACUCACGGAUGUCAUCCGUACACUGACAUUUACGGGUACGACUUGGAGGACGUCAUGGAUAUGGUUUUGUUCCAUGGUCUCAAACCGAAGUGGUGGCAAUGCACCCCACGUGCAGUACAAACAAUCAUUGAUAAAUGUGUACAAGCGUCACCACAUGAGAGGAUAAGUCUUCGAGAUGCGGAGGAUGCUAUAGCAAAAUGGCUCGAAACAACGAAAAGCAACGCAAGUCACAGUGGAAACAUCACAUUCUCCAACAGAGGAAACCUUUACCCUGAGCUUAACCAGUUACAACAGGAUAAGCCGGAAAGGGGGAUAUCGGUGAAGCUGAAACAGCUGAAAAGCUUAGAUGGCAACGUCAAAGAUUUGUAUUAUAACACAUUAAGGAAGAGAAAGGUUCAAACGAACACUCUCCGGAUUACAGAGCAGGAUCUCACUGCUCCUGACCAUCCACAGAUACGGCUACAGGGAACUUCCCUACAUGUAGAAGAACCAGUUACACAGAGGUUUAUAAAUGGACCACUAGACCAAAUGAAAUCUGAGUAUGACUUCGCUAUAGAACAGCACAUAAUCAACUUCCCUCCACAGAAAAGAUCACGAGAAUGUACAGUAGAGAAUGGUUUCACACAUACGCUGCUUUACCGAUGUACCCAAGGGAAAUGCUUACUGGAUAUCGCUGCUGAAAAUUUGCUGGGUGACCCAGCAGACCCAGCAAACGAGGUAGCGUACGCCAACCUAAUAAAGGAGGGCGUCAGAUUUGUGUCUGUCAUGCACGCAAAGAAAUGGGUCCUCAGAGACAUAUGUUGUUCCACUUUGUAUAGAUCUAAAGGAGAAGGCAAGAUAUUCAUGCCACGGAUAGGACGAUUUCUGAAAUGUCAGAACACCCUUGGUUGUGUCACAGACACGUUAACAAACACCGAUGAUCGAAGAAACUGGAUGCCGAUAGAGGUUCUACAACAUAAGACAUAUUCCAUGGCAAGCGAUGUGUACAUGUUAGCUAUGACUAUCUACGAGUUCUACGAAACCGCCUCCAUAAGAAAGAGCAACCCAUUAGCCAAUCAUCUAGAGGCUGUGCCAUUUGCAACGUUAGCUCCGGAAAAGCUCCUAGAUAGCUUGUACAAAGAUGAAAUACCCAGACAACCUCUAGUAUGCCCUGAGUGGAUGUACAACUUACUGAAAAUGUGCUGGAAUAGAGACCCUACGAGGAGACUUAGUGCUCACACACUUCUGGAGGAUAUAGAAUCCAUGAUACUUGAACUUUCGGAUGACGUUUCUGUAAUUUCCUGUGGUAACACUUCAUUUGGAACAAACAGUGCCCGAAGCACGUAUAUAACGAUAGCCCAAGUACCAAUACCAGAACUCCCACCAGAGCCGCAGCAGACAUACGGCUUGGUAGAUCAAAUACCACCCGAAGAAGAAACACCGACAAGAACACUAGUUCAAGCAAGUGAAAGCACAGAUGGAUAUUUGCAGGCCGUGUACAGUGAUUCAACGAACACUGAAAGAGACUUCUCAGCUCCACACAAAGAAACCACACUGAGGCACGGCCCUUCAGGGGCAAACGAUUGUGAACGAGCAUUAAAUGACAAUAUUCCCAAGGAAUUACAGUAUGUAGAUGAAUCCGGCACCUUACAGCUUGAUAUAGUUCCACAUCAAAGACUGCUUGCUCUGACACAAUUUCGAAAAGAUUGCCGGAACCACAGUUCAGAAAUACCUUCUGCGGAAUAUAGCGACACAACAAACAGUGAUAUCACUCAAACCCACGACAUACUCACAAAUCCGGGGCCAACAAACAGUUUCUCUUCUUCCCACGACUCUGAUAAUACAUCUUUUUCAUUUUCUGACGAUGACUCUUUAAAAAUAAUACAUUUAAACAUUCGUAGUGUUAGAAACAAACAAGAUUUUCUUGAGAGUUUCACUGAUGAUAUAGAUAUCUUGUGUCUAACAGAAACGUGUCCCGAUUCUUUCAUUCCUGAUUCUGACCUUCUUACAAACUUCCAAUUAUAUUUAGAAAAGACUGGAAUGCUUUUGGUGGUGGUGUUAUGA